AUGUCUUUAUACCCCAAAGUAAACGCUCAGGGAAGGGAAUUGCCUCGUGCAAGCAGGAGGGUGAAAGUCUACGUCGGGGCUAGUGCUUUGACAGCACUGAAUAAACACCUGGGUGUGGGGAAUAACAAGGCUCUAAACUUCCUUGCCUGGCUUUUUUUUUCCCAGCUUUACCGUCCCAGCUUCGUGCCUCUUGGAGCAGCCACCGUACCUACAAUGUCUGCGGCGUAUCCGGGCGCUUCCAUCUUCCUGCCCAUGGCCCAGUCUGUGGCCAUGGGUCCGAUCGGCUCGUCGGUCCCGAUGGCGUAUUACCCCGUGGGACCGGUUUAUCCUCCGGGCUCGACAGUCCUUGUUGAAGGUGGCUUUGAUGCUGGAGCAAGGUUUGGGGCUGGUGGAACAGCCAGCAUCCCU